ACGCCAAAACCUUAAAAGACUUUCGAUCUUUCAGAGCUUUUUCUUUCCAUCCAAACACUUAUUUUCUCAUCCUCUAAUUACACACAUUUCCUUUCUUGAAUUUCAAAAUGGCCCCUAAUAUCACCACCACCACCGCUGUGACCAAGACCACCUCUCUCUCAAAGGCUCCAAGCCUGUCAAGCCGUGCAUAUGUGACGUUCUUGGCAGGUAACGGGGACUAUUGGAAGGGAGUGGUGGGGUUGGCCAAAGGGUUGAGGAAGGUGAAGAGCAGUUACCCUCUUGUCGUUGCGAUUUUGCCGGACGUUCCUGAAGAGCACAGGAAGAUUCUGGUGGAUCAAGGUUGUAUUGUGAGAGAGAUCGAGCCUGUGUAUCCUCCUCAGAAUCAGACUCAGUUCGCCAUGGCGUAUUAUGUCAUCAACUACUCCAAGCUUCGUAUUUGGGAGUUUGUUGAGUACAGCAAGAUGAUAUAUCUGGAUGGUGACAUCCAAGUAUUUGAGAACAUAGAUCAUCUCUUUGACAUGGCUGAUGGUUAUUUCUACGCUGUGAUGGACUGUUUCUGUGAGAAAACAUGGAGUCACACUCCUCAAUACAAGAUUGGUUAUUGCCAACAGUGUCCUGACAAGGUGAACUGGCCAGCGGAGUUGGGUCCUAAACCUCCACUCUAUUUCAAUGCUGGCAUGUUUGUUUAUGAGCCCAGCUUGUCUACUUACGAAGAUCUCUUGAAAACCCUCGAAAUUACCCCUCCCACCCCCUUUGCUGAGCAGGACUUCUUGAACAUGUACUUCAAGGAUAUUUACAAGCCUAUUCCUCCGAUUUACAACCUUGUGUUGGCUUUGUUAUGGCGUCACCCGGAGAACAUUCAACUUGACCAAGUCAAAGUUGUUCACUAUUGUGCUGCUGGGUCUAAGCCAUGGAGGUAUACUGGAAAAGAAGAGAACAUGGACAGGGAAGAUAUAAAGAUGCUAGUGAAGAAAUGGUGGGAUAUAUUCGAUGAUGAAUCACUUGACUACAAGAACACUGCAGCAACUGCGCCUGAAGCAGAGCCAGUGACCUUGGAACAAUUAAUGGCAGCGUUAUCGGAGGCUGGUGUUGUCCACUAUAUCACCGCCCCAUCCGCCGCUUAGUGGUUGCGGAUUCUCAAUGAAGAAUGAAGAUCCAUGUUUUUUUUUUUAAUGGAUUCAUGUUUCUUGUGUAUAGGAGUAUAAUUUUUUCUUUUUCCCUUUUUUUAAUUGGUAAAGUAGUGGUGGUCUUCCUUUCGUGGGAGAAGGAGAACCUCCAUUUUAAGAUUGUUACUUCAGGAGGAAGAGGAUUUUUGUUCUUCCUCCUUUUCUUAAUGUUGGUUAUAUUAAAUUAAUAUCAGCAAAACAAUUUAUUGUA